CUCCCACAGCUUUACUUCUCACAGUGGCCAAAACCCCAAUCCAGAAGGAACACAAGAAAAGCAAGUUAGUUCUAGUGGUUCAACUCCAAAAACGACGUCCCUUUCCUCCAUUCCUAUAUUCUCCUUGCUACCAAUUCAUAAAUAAAUACAGUCGCAAGCUAGCUCGCAAGUAUAUACCAAUCAAUGAAGAUGGAGGGCGUGAAGCUCGGGAUGUGUCGACUGCAGGUUGUAGCAGUAAUGAUGAUGUUGGUUCCAGCGUUGAUCACGGCGCAGAUUAGCACGCCGUGCACGGCUUCGAUGGUGACCAGCUUCACGCCUUGCGUCAACUUCGUGACGGGGAGCAGCGGCAACGGAGUAUCGCCGACGGCCAGCUGCUGCGGUGCGCUCAAGGACGUGGUGGCGGCGAGCAUGGACUGCGCCUGCCUUUUGCUCACCGCCAACGUCCCCAUUCAGCUGCCCUUUGGCCGAACUCCCUCCGUCUCCCUCCCCAAGGCCUGCAAGAUGGGCGUCCCCCUGCGCUGCAAAGCUUCUGGAUCUCCUCUGCCAGCACCUGGGCCUGCCAUUUUGAACCCAUCCUCACCACUUGGGCCUUCAGCGGCGGCAGCAGGCGUAGCCGAUGCGCCAGCUCCAGAUUCCACGGUGACGCUGCCACUGUCACCCGCGAUCCCGCCGGAAGCAGACAACCCCACGGGCGGGGCUCGACCUGUUGUGAACGCGGCCUCGGCGUCUCUUCCAUCACACGAUGUGCUAUCCGCUGCUUCCCUGCUUAUAGCCAUGGCGAUCCUACUCGUGACUUAUUAUUGUUUCUGAAGAAAAAAUCCAACGGAGAGACAUUUCUAAUUCUGUUGCCUUGUCGAUUUAAUUCUACCUAAAGUGGAAUUUUGUUUGUUUGUUUGUGUGUGGAACACAUAUGGUUAUCUAUGGCACAAUUGUUUUGGUUACCAAAUUAAGAGGUGAAAAUAGAAAAUGGACUAACGCAAUACAAAUAUUUUAUCCCU